AUGGCUUCUCGUCAGGGAGCAGCUGGUUUGUCUAUCGUUGUACGGCUGGGUGAUGGUAUAGACAGCCUCUGUGACCACAUUCACAACAGCAAUCAUCCGAGCUGGUGUCUGGAAUGGCUCAAGUUUGCCCUUCUCCGAAAUGAUGACCUGCCUCACGAAGUCAGCAGUUCGCGUAAUUUCAUCAAGACCAAGGCUCAUCUUGAGGCUUUGAACAUCUCAGCAAAGAAAGCCAUGGGAGACUAUUCUAAGCCUCUUUGGGAUAGCCACGUUCAAAGAUCUUCCAUACUCGAUCCUUCUGGCGUUCUACAUCGCGUAUCUAUCGAGCUUUUCAUAACACUUCCAGCCUCCUGGCCCCUUUAUGCACGCUUGCUGAUAUUCGAGGCAUUUCGAGAAGCCGGCAUGCUCUCCGAUGAUGCCAGGGUCUUUCCCAAACGCAUUUCAAGUCUGGAGGUUACUGCAGUUGCUCAUAUUGCAGACUUGACCAAGCUGACUGUUGAUUUCAUGGAGAUGUGGUCGUUUAUUGCUAUUGCGACAGCGUCACGGUUAGUUCAGGGAGCACAAGGCUUUUCCAUGGAAGAAAUCCUCCCACAGGAUUCCAUUUUUGCCGGGGCAGAUUUCCUCGGUGAUGCCUUUAUGGACCUUCUCAAGGCAAAGGUUAAAGGAAUUUAUCCUCUGCAAGUAUUCGAGACUCUUCCAGAGGAAGAGUUUGAAGCUUUCGUGCGAAGUUACUGGGAAGGUUGCAUGGACUCUCACUGUCCUGGGGCUGCAUCAGUCAGAAAAUUAUCCAUUUUCUGCUCCAUCGACCAGUGGUGGCUAUACAACAGUCUUUCUUUCGUUCAGCGCGUAUAUGAACUUGCAUCGAUCUUCGACCCCAUUGUUGACAAGAUCGUGACUCUUCUUGGAUCACAAAUCGAGAGUGUCGACUUGGUCCCGGGAAAAUCGCAUUUCGUAUUAGAUAGCAGCUUUGGUCAGAAACCCUAUCUUAACGCUCGACUGAAAGCAGCCGUGCAAUUGCUCACUCCAUCUACAACCACUCAUAUCCUUUCAGACAACCUGAACUACAGGAUUCGCCUUCCUGGCAUUCAGCUUUUCUCUGCUGUUCAUUCUCGCAUCGCUCGCGCCAGCUAUGGCGUACUCUCAGAAUCUGAAGGGUCAAUUAUUUGGCUCGUGAACAAGCGUUUCUUGAGGGCGAUCAUUUGUCUGCUUGCGAACCGAAUCGACGAGGCCUACCACCACAAGCCGUUUCGGUUCUUAACACAAUCAUUCGGUCAAGUCAAUAGAGUCCACGUUUACCGCAAGAUGGGCGAUGAACUGCAGGUGCAAUUUAUGUGCACAAUGAAAUGGCCUGGUGCAAGUAUUGAGUCUCAGUUUGAGAUGAUGACGCUUGGUUCAGGGCGUGGACUUGAGCUCGACUUUGCCUGGGAUGGCGUGAAUAUGGAGUUUUCAGUCUUUUCAAAUGGCGUUCAACCUGAAGGCCUGCACUCGCCCACUGCGCAAACCGUCGGCGCCAUGGCUGCUGAGACUCCCAAGCUUCUCUGGAAUCCUGAUAAUGUCAAGGAUGUUGCAGAGUCGGUCGGCAUCAGCUCGCUCAACGAAGAAGCCCUGAAGUGUUUAACCCAAGAUGUCGAAUACCGCGUUGGUCAGGUCAUUGUAGAAGCUCUACGAUUCAUGCGCGCCUCGCGUCGAACAACCCUUACCGUCAACGACAUCUCGCUCGCGCUCAAGGCUCUCGACGUCGAACCCCUCUACGGAUACGAUUCUACGCGUCCGCUUCGAUACGGCGAGGCCAGUCUUGGCCCCGGUCAACCGCUCUUCUAUAUCGAAGAUGAAGAAGUCGAUUUCGAGAAGCUCAUCAAUGCGCCUCUGCCCAAAGUGCCGCGCGAUAUGGGUUUUACAGCACACUGGCUCGCUAUCGAAGGCGUCCAGCCAUCAAUCCCCCAGAACCCUACGACAUCCGAAUCUCGAUCGCAAGAACUUCUUCCCAAGGGUCCUGGCGCCAAUCCCGCAUUAUCUGCCCUUGCAGGCAACGACAACGUCUCCAUGAAGCCAUCUGUUAAGCACAUUGUGAGCAAGGAGCUUAUACUCUACUUUGACAAAAUUCAGGCCGCUGUUCUGGACGAUAAUCCCGAUGAAGAAGUGGUGCGCCUUCGACAGGCUGCUCUGGGCUCCGUGAGAGACGACCCUGGUCUCCAUCAGCUUAUCCCAUACUUUAUUACAUUCAUUAUGGAUCGAGUAACACAUCAUCUCGACGACACCUUCACUCUGAAGCAGAUGAUGGAAUUGACCAAUGCUCUGAUUGAGAACAAGAGUCUUUUCCUCGAUCCAUACGCCAGCCCCCUUUCCGCGCCAGCUCUUACUUGUCUCAUGGCUAGGAAACUGGGCACUGAUGAGGGCACCGACGCUUUGAAGGAGCAGUAUGACCUGAGGCAACUAGCUGCAUCUCUUGUUGGGCAAAUUGCCCGCAAAUACUCGGCCUCCAACACUCUUCUCCGACCAAAGCUCACUCGAACGUGUCUCAAAUACUUCCUCGACCCCACCAAACCUCCUGCGGUCCUCUACGGUGCCAUUCAUGGUCUACUUGAGGCAGGCGGCCCAGAAGCUAUUCGCGUUUUGGUCCUGCGAAACCUCAAGACCUUUGAUUCAGGCAUUCUCCAACCUCUCAAGGAAAAGGCAGAGGGUACAGUGGAUUACGAGAUGCUGGUGCAAGGCAUUGUUCAGGCCGUUGGCUCACUGGCGGACCACAUUAGCUCAGACGCCAAUGGAGUCAACGGAACAACCAGUGCGGAAGGCGAGACAUCCGAACUCAAGGAAUUCAUUGGACCCAUCAUUGGAGAGAAGAUUGCUUCCUCUGGUAACAGGAGGUUGAUACGCACAAUCCUGGAUGCCCGAAACUUGGAGUAG